GUAGGACCGGAUGUGACGCCAUAAACGUUUGCGCAAAUGACUUGACAGAGACGUAAACGUUACUUUUAAUGUUUUCUGUACAUAUUUGGACGCUACUAAACGUACAGCCGAGUGGCACAAAGCAACUAACAAUGACGUUUUUAAUCCAAUGAUCCCUCUCAGUCGACUCGAUGCCAACAGGAAGUAUUCUGGACCCAGGCGAUACUUGCUUUUGACUUUUCGAACAUUUCAGACCAGUUCUUCUUCAGAAGGUUGCUCAUAGUUCACAUUUUGAACUUGUAACGGUUCAUAUUAGGAGCCUGAUAGAUCGUUGUGCCAUCAUGGAUCAGAAAGACUCCGCCACCAUCCGGGUCUUCUCUCUGAACUGCUGGGGGGUGCGCUACUUCAGCAAGCGCUGCACCCAGCGUUUCACCAUGAUUGCAGACAUGCUGCUGAAAGAAGAGCACAACAUCAUUCUUCUGCAAGAGGUAUGGAGUGAAAAAGACUACCUCUUCCUGAGAAAGAAACUGGCCAGUAGCCACUCUCACUGUCAUUACUUUAAAAGCGGAGUCAUUGGCAGUGGAUUGGCCAUUUUCUCCAAAUACAGAAUCCAAGACACGCUCCUUUAUCGCUACUCACUGAAUGGUUAUCCAUAUAUGGCCCACCAUGGCGACUGGUUCGGAGGGAAAGCUGUCGGCCUGGCCAUCCUAAACAUCGGCACGCUGACGGCAAACGUCUACGUGACUCACCUGCAUGCGGAGUACAGCCGCGAGAGGGAUACUUAUCUACCUCACCGGGUGGUCCAGGCCUGGGAGCUGCAGCAGUUCAUCCGUCACACGUCAGCUGGUGCAGACAUGGUGGUCCUGGGUGGCGACCUCAACAUGCAUCCCCAGGACCUCGGCACCCGGCUGCUGAUGUCUUACACGGGACUCCGAGACGCUUAUGCAGAGGCCGAGCAGUUUGACGGAUGUGAUAAUGGUCUGACGCUAAUACUGGACAACCCUUUUGUUAGCAAGAAGAUGGUGAUGCCCUUUGAGAGGGGCAUCAGGAUUGACUACAUCCUCUUCAAGGUGGCUCAAACAUUUGUUUUAUUUCAAAUCACCAUCAGUUCACAAACACUUGUUUUAUAUUUUCAGGGUUCUUGCCAAGCAGACAUUCAUUGUGCUGCCAUGUGCACCACCAAAGGCUCCGUUUCUGGACACCCUUUGCCGUACUCUGACCACGAGGCCCUGACUGCUGAGCUAAAACUUGAUGCCCACGCUGUGCCCCAGGCUGGAGGUGACUUUCAGUCCAAGAGUCGCCAUUGUUCAGGAGAUGAUGUCGCCAAGCUGGUGGAUAUUUUGACGGAGGCCCGCACCGAGGUCAAAGUGGGCAUCCACUGCGCCGAGAGGAUGCGCAGAACGGCCACCCGCAUGGUGGCCAUGGGCUUGGCCCUGCUCCUGCUUGAGUUGGCCAUCGCGGCGGUGCCCUGGUUGGCGCUGGGGGCGGAGCAAGCCUUCCCGCACACCUCCUUCUACCUGCUGGCGGCGCUGUGCUUUGCCAUCCUGCUUGGCACCUCACUGCUAUACGUCUUCUACACGAUGGAGCUCAAGUCCCUCCAGGGCACCGAGGACCAGAUGCGGCUGGCUGUGGGCGGCCUGCAGGAGAAGCUGCGGGAGUUCCCUGUGGCUCAGCCUGGUGGAACCCAGAAGAAACCCCUGGAGGAGCUGGAGCCCAAUGUCUUUUGUCCAGAGGACUAAUCGGGGGGCCUUUUCAAAUUCUAUCCAUCUACUUUCUAUAUUAACACACUCCACUAAGCCAACACUUAUUCUUAGCCAGAAACCUCUUGUUGCAAGGCAACUACUUAACCACUCAUCCACUGUGCAGCGGCUAUUUAAAUGAAUGGUGUUCAGCUUUGCACAGCACCAGUGACAUGCAGUGAGGUUUAUGGCUGUAGAGGCAGAUUUACACCAACGACUCUUUUAUGUGCACCUUAUGACUUCUUUCGGCAAAUUUAUUGUCCAAUCAGCAAGAAUAAUGACGUCACAUUUACUGUAGAAAGUCAUGGUAUGUAAUAUUUCUGCAAACAUAUUGCUGACGUGCUGAGAAACAGAAAUAUUGUACAAACCCAUUUGUGAGGGAUUGCACAUUCAGAAGUGCUGCCUCACUUCUGGUUUCUACCCUGUAUUUCAUGUUGAAAUACGCAAAUUCAGAUUUUUACAUAAAAUGUUAAAAUGGGUACAAUCGGCUUAAAUCUGCCUCACCUGAUGGCACAUCACUGCAUAGCACACUGAUGACCCUUCUUAGAUGGGUGUGAAACGUGCACCCUGGAGGCCAUUUCUGGUCCAUGGUUAGUUUUUUUUGGCUCUUCAUAUUGUAAAAAUUGAAAUAUUAGACAUCAACACAAAUUUGCUCUGUCACCUAUGUACAAGGCUAAGUGAUCUUUUGUGUCGCUAGCAUAUGUUGGAUGUUAGAGGAGAGGGGAACUUUGUUGUCCGUUUAUGCAUUUUGUGCCCCUAGAGGUCACAUUAUGCACCUGCACAAUGAUGCUUCCUGUCACAUGAUCAUAGUUUCAAUGCAAUAUUUUUUGGCAGACAUCAACGUGGCUGUUCUGAGUUUGCAUUCCGGUCACAAUCACAUUGUAGGGGACCACAUAUUCAUUAGUUCCCCUUGCACUGAGCUGGACAGCCACCAGGCAGACAUUAGCUGCAUUAUCUACUUGAACAUGCACUCCGUUGCACCCAAAACACUCUUGAUUGCAGCUUUACCUUUAGGCCCAAAACAUUUUCACUCCUAAUCAUUGACCCCCACACUUGAAGUACACAGUAUUAAGUUUUAUUCAUUACAUUACCAAUUAAGGUACAUGCUUGAUUUGUUUGUUGGAAUCUCUAAACAUGUGGACAAAAAUGCUUAUUAAUUUAAAUGGUGUGCAAUGCGCUUAUUUUAUCAAUGAUAGCAGGAAAUGAUUUAUGGCUGAGCCAAAACAUUUCACCGAAAUGAUUACAUGAAUGUAUUCUUGGGCAUUCAGGGCAUUGAUCAUUCCAACGGAAUACAGAGUUGCGUGGUUUUUGAAAGCCCCAAUAAAAACUAAUCAGGAAGGGCGUGUCGGUUUGGAGAGUCACCACUAGAGAGCACUCUUAACGCAUUCAUCAGGCUUGAUCUGAAAUGCUACGAAUCUGUAUUGUCUUUCCUAAUGUAACGAGGGCAUUGCAUGCAUUCAAUUGAA